CGAGCUGCCUCGUGUCCGCCAUCAAAACUGGCGCAGUCAGCAUGACGCGUGAGCUGAUGCUCAACAGAGACGCGAUGUCCGUCGCUGCCGAAGCCCUCUGCGAGGCCCUGGACGACGAGCUGGACGACGAGCUGGACGAUGGGACCCUCGAGCAGGCAUCGUUGGAGGAGCGGCAGCGGCUGUACGGCGGCACGAGCGAGGCAUUCCACCUGGUGGUGGACAUUGACGAGACAAAGCAGGCACGCUCCCCUCACCUGUUGCCAGUGGUGAAUCAGCGAUUGGAGGGCGCAUACCAGCACUAUCUCAACCAGGUGAGAGUGGGACACACAUAAACCGAAGGGCACACACUCUCACCCACAGUCCUUCUUCUCCUUGACGGUGUCAGGUUCCUCUUCGUGUGAAGCGUGCGGCCAGGGCGGCCCUCCGAUCCCUCACCGCCAUCCUAUCCUCUCCUCUGAUGCCCGUAUCGCCCCCACUCUCGGCCCGCUGCUCAUCGAGGAGGCCCCCCGACACAUCCAGUUCCCGUCGACAGAUUAUCGGUGCCUACAUUUUAUAUUCGUUGAGCUUCUUCUUCCUUGAGACCUGCACUGAGUUGCCCGCAGCUCUUCCCCCAUCCGGACUCUCUGUCCUUUUGCAGACAACUGACCACCCUUUCCUGUUUAAAUGUUGACAUCCGUGUGGUUGUCUGUCCACA